UUUUCUCAGUCUUCAAUCUCCAACCAUGUUCCGCCUCGCGCUCAAGGGAUCGAGCUUGUCCGUGGCGUCCGCGUCGUCCCGUCGCUUGGCUGCGAUCGCAGCUGGACUUGUCUCGACCGUGCCCGCCGCGUCGCACGGCACACACGCGUCGUCGUGCUCGGCGGGACCAAUCCCAGCGAGCAUGAAUGCGAUCGUUCUCACCGCCACCGGUCCCGAAGAGAACUUGAAGAUGACCAACAUUCCCGUCGCAGCUCCAGCAACCAACGAGGUGUUAGUGAAAAUUGCAGCAUGCGCCGUGUGCUAUCGCGAUCUGCUCGACCGGAAGGGCGCAUUUCCUUUCAUCAUGACGCCAAUCGUUCCUGGUCACGAAAUUGCAGGAACGGUCGCCCAGGUCGGCACCAACGUCAAGGACCUGUCUGUCGGCGAUCGCGUCGUGUCGUUGCACUGGGGAUCGUGCGGCCAAUGCCCUGCAUGCCUUGCCAACCACACAACCUCGUGCGAGCAAGCCAGGGCUUCCUUCCUCGGCCUGACUGCCAACGGCGGCUAUGCCCCGUUCAUCACUGCCAGCGCGCGCACGUUCACCAAGGUUCCAGCCCAGUUCACCUCCAUCCAGGCCUCCGCCAUCAUGUGCACUUUUGCGGUGGCAUGGCGCGCUGCCGUUACGCGUGGCCGUCUGAAGGCCGGUGAGAAGAUUGUCGUGACUGGCGCAACUGGAGGCGUUGGCUCGGCCAUGGUGGUGCUUGCCAAAGCAAUGGGCUGCACGGUGACGGCGGUGACGUCGAGUGACGCCAAGGUCGAUUACUUGAAAGGACUUGGCGCCGACCACGUUGUGGUGGCCAAGAACAGCACCUUCAAAAUCCCAGACGAAUUCAAACCUACACUGGCCUUUGAAGCGGUCGGCGAGCCUACUUUCAACUCGUCGCUGCGGUCGCUUCACACAGGAGGGCGCCUCAUUUUGAUUGGCAACGUCACGGUUGGUGCCAUCAACUUGAAGCUCGGCUAUCUCAUCAUCAACUCGAUUGAGAUUAUCGGCAGUGACAGCUGUACCGCCACCGAACUCCAAGAUGUCAUGGCUUUCAUGGUCAAGCACAACAUCCGCCCCAACAUUUCUGCUGUUCUGCCCCUCGGCGAGGCAGCCGAUGCUCACCGCAUGCUUGCCAAUCGCGGAGCUACCGGACGCGUUGUUCUCAAGGUUGAUGAGCAAAGCAGUUGGUAGAGAUGUGGAAGUUUUGCCAUUCAAAACGAACCGAACUUGUUUGUUGUUUGUAAGGCAAUUGCAAAACAGUGCAUUCAAUCCCCCAUGAAACAGUCCCG